UUGCGUUUUGAUUCGCGUUUAAUAUUUAAUGUUUAUCAGCUAUAUUUAGGGCCGGUAUAAUUGUUUAAAUAUUGAUUUUUUUUAUUAGCUCUUGCAUGUGUGAGUCAAUCUGAGCCAUGCAUGAAUGUUUAUAACAUUAGUUGGGGCCUGCGAUAUCCUAUUUUAGGAUCGGCCAAAUGUUAGCUUUGUGCUUAUGUUCGUGGCAGAGUCGAAGGAAACACUGCACUAUAUUUUACUCCUAAAUCAGUGAUUAUUCUUUAGUUCUUGGCUAAUACUUCUUUGGUACAUGAUAUAAGAGUAUUUAGUGAGUCCCAGUAUUAAAAAUUAUACAGUCUAGUCUGAUAGUUUCUACUUAUUAAUUAAUAAUAAUAAAAAAGUAUUGUAUGUACUUAAAAAAAAUAUUUUUACUAACAUAAAGAAUCUGUGAUACUUAUAUAUGGAACUUUUACGUGGACUUUUAUACUCUGUGCAAUUUUAAUAUAGACUAUAACAUUGGCCAAAGAUUAUAUAUGUACUUAAAUAUGUUUAUAUUGAAUUGAUUGAUGUGAUCGAGUUCCCAUAACUGAUACAAGAUGGCGUUGCCACCACAGCAGUUCUGCGUCAGGUGGAAUUCCUAUCACACAAACUUACAGGCUGUGUUCCCUCGGCUGCUGCUCACGGAGCAGUUUGCAGACGUGACCCUCGCGUGCGAGUCCCGCCAGCUGCGCUGCCACAAGCUGGUGCUGUCGGCAUGCUCCGCCUACCUGGAGCGGCUGCUGCUGCAGAACCCCUGCAAGCACCCCAUUGUACUCAUGAAGGACAUGAGGUUCAGUGAAAUGCAGGCGCUGGUAGACUUUAUGUACAAGGGCGAGGUGAACGUGACGCAGGAGGAGUUGCCCAGCCUGCUCAAGUCAGCUGAAGCAUUGCAGAUCAGAGGGCUGUGCUCCAGCGACACGUCGUCGUUCAGCUCGGAGGUGGGGAAGACGGAGACCAAGGACUACACGGUGGCCAGCGAGGCGCUCGUGGCACACGCGCACAACGCCGCCUCCAACGGACCGACGCAACAGAAGACGGCCAGCACCACGACAACAAAUGGACCUAAGAAACGCAAAUCAGAGGAGAGGACCGACGUGAAACAAGAGACUGUGGAAGAAGAUGGACUUUACUACGGCGAGCUGGACAACGACAAUAUGGAAUACAACGAGGAUGAGGAACCUGCCAAACCUGGAAGCAGCUUAGGACAGCCCUCUGGUCGCCAUGUACCGUACAUUAGAGUGAAGCCGGAGAGCGAAUUAUUUUUCCAAACAAAGUUACAAAAUUUAGCAAAAGCUAAUACAGACUAUAUUAAUAAAUUAUCCAAAAUGAACGCUACUGAAAUACGAAACGAGUUUUCUAAAUAUGGUUUCAAUACAAACGCACCACUGGAUGAUGUACCAAAAGGCAUCGAUGGUACGGAUAAAGUAGAGAAUGAUUAUUAUAAAAAUUGGCUCGAACAAAACGGCGAACUGGAGGUGUCGCUCCUAAAAGCGAGUCAAGUAAAGAAACCGAAAACUGAAAUAAAAAACCAAAAGUCCGAAGUGGAGUUGAUACCAAAGGCAAAAGAUGGGGUUGCAACCAAAGAAAUUUUCCCCAAAAUAUGGGACAAGCCCGUAGCCCGGAAAAGAGGCAGACCGCCGAUUUUUAAGGACAAAAACGUAGAUAUAGGAGAGACUGUGCUGAAAUCUGAUUUGGACCAAUUUUUAGAGGGUAAAGAAGUUAGUUCGUCAGGGUUGUCGCGGAAGGACUUGGAGCGGGUGAUGAUGGGGAAAUUUAAUCCUAACAGAAGAUAUUCUAACGAGGCCAUGUGGGCAGCUCUCAUGGACGUAAAGAAAGGAGGUAGUAUUUACAGGGCUGCACAAACCCACAAAGUACCAAGGAAGUCCCUCCGCAAUUGGAUGAAGAGGUGCCACAUAAAGUCCUCGUUCCCUAUGCCUCAACAGCUGAAGCAGUUCGUCGAGAACAGCAAGAAACAAAAGGAGUACACGUACCAACCUGCUGAGAACCAAAACGCAGAACGCAGCGGUACCGAAGCAGACAUGGCGGCGUAUGAUACUGAAAUUGAUUUUGGCAAACAUUUCCUCAGCUUCACCAAUUCCGUGUCUAGCGAGGACGAGAGCCUGGUUUUACCGAAUAACGGGGAGCAGGCCGGGGAAAUGGGGGAGAACGAUGUCAACACAGCAAUAGACAUGUCAGUACAUGAGUAA